AUGGAGUGUCAACGCUGCCUCCCAAGUCGCUUUCACCGGAUUCGGCAAAUAUUCUGGGCUCUAUUGCCAUGCAACCAUCUUCGACAACGUCAACGAACUUCCGCCGCUGCAGAGGAAGACUCUGAAAAGGAAAAGAAUGAGGGCGUGAAAUUAGUAGAAGAGGAAAUAGAAGAUGUCACGGGAAAAGAGAAUGGGUACGAAACAGUUGAAGAGGGAGAAGGAGCCCAAAGGGAGAGGGAAUGGCAAAAUCUGAGCGAAAAUGAAGAUGAGAAGGACCAAACGCGCAACACGCAUCAACGGCGAAAAAACCCCUCUUCAGCUUCAGCCAAAAAAUUCGCAGACAAAACGCGUCGCCAGAGCAAGCGCCUAAGCAUAAUUGCUACUAGUAAGCUUUUGGAGACAACGACACCUUCAGCCCCGCGCGGCAAAAGGUCUCACGAUGUUAUGGCCGCUGGAUCGAAGAGCGCCAACGCGAAGCUUCAAGGAAAUGGCUCUCAUUAUGCUGCUGAUGGAUCUCUAUUGAGAGCUAGCAAAAGAAGAACUACCAGCGAAUUCGCAAGCGAAAAAGCCGCAGAAGAAGAAGAGGUUUGGUUAAACCAGGGGCUUUAUUUAGGGCAGGGACAGGAUUUGGAUGUCCGAAGCGGCCUGGAGGCAAAGCAAAGAAACGGGGCAAGUCUAGUGCGGAUCGACAAGCCUCCCUGGAAAUGCGGGCCAAUUCACAAUUGGAAAAAGCUCAAUCAUAAUGUUUUGAUUGGAGAAGCUUCCCAGUUAUGGAAAAGAGAAAAAGCAUCUAUGGCGAUGUGCGUCUGUGAAGAAGAGAAAGGCUGUGAUGAAGAUUGCCUUAACCGCUUGUACCUGGGUGGAAUGCGACGAAGGAAUUGGGACAAAAUUCGCCGAGGGUGUAGAGGUCAUUCUGACCAGGAACUGUGGGCAUGGCCUCCGAGCUACGAGAAGCUUUGCGCCAGGCAGAUUGUCGUUGAGUAUACUGGCGAGAUUAUCACGCAGGAAGAGAGUGAAAGGAGGAUGAUUGAGGAUUAUAAGGAUAACAAUAACUACUAUCUCAUGCUCUUCCAUCAGAAUAUGAUUCUGGAUGCUACUAGGGGAUCAGUGGCACGUUUCGUUAAUCAUUCUUGCAAUCCCAACUGCCGAAUGGAAAAGUGGCUCGUUGAUGGAAACCUAGAAUGGCUCUGUUUGCUGGAGAUUAUGGAAUCGAAGCUGGAGAUGAGCUCACAUAUGACUAUAACUUCAAGUCAUUGGUUUACGGGUGUCAGUCAGCAAGCUUGCCACUGUGGAGCUGAAAACUGCCGCGGUGCUUUAGGGAAGCGGGCUGAUGGGCUCCAGAAAAAGCCCGAACCCCCAGCUAAGGGCAAGAAUGGAAAAGGCAAGAAAAAGGGAAUAAAUGGCAAGGGUGGAAUCGUUGCCGAAGUCAAAAAACCCACAAGAGGAAGGCCAAAGAAAGUUGUAGCCCAUGUUCAAAAGUCGGUUAUUAUCACCCCUAAGAGGAAGUACACCAAGCGGAAGGUUGUAGCAGCACCUGUGAUAUCGCCUUCCCCUGCACCGGAAGAUGAUGAUUCCCUGGAUUCCUCCUUAGAUUCCGACGACGACUCAGAUCACCCGACUGAGGCGUCACCUGCUACAUUAAAAAAUCUUCGCUCUCAGAAGCUGCUCGGCGUCGGCGCAAUUACAACAAAGCUG